UGUUACCUUCAUAGUGAAUUAUUUGUCGCGCAUCGCGAUGGACGGGUGUUUCAGUCCGAGGGAUUUACAAGCGUUGCAGAAUUUAAUUUGCCCAUCCAAGGAUGAUUCCGACGUCGAGGACGAUUUACCGCAAGCGGGCGCGAGAAAGUUAGGACCGGGCGAUAUUGGCGUCCCGAACGAUCCUUCACAGGAUCUUGCAGCGACAGGACCACAUGCGCCGCUUAAAGGUGCCGGCGAUGAUAUUUGGCAUCCUUCGGAAGCGCAUGAUACUCGAAACACGCAGGAUUAUGACCCGAGACAGGUGCCCGAAUACGAGAUGAAAUUCAAACAAGCAGUGACGGCGGAGGAUGUUUAUCUGGGAAUGAGCUUUAAAACGCCAAGUACGGCAUCCUGCGAAUGGCUGACGGUGCUGGUAAAAUUGCCUCAGGAAACGCGGGAAAAUGUGGAGCUCUCCGUAGAAUCCGAAGCGAUCGACGUGCGCAGCUCAAGGUGAGACGGAAGAUUUAUCGUUGUAAGUCGCGUGAUAGAAAGAGAGCGAAACUCUCGUACGUCGCGUUGGAGUCCGAUCUGGCGUGACUUCGACAGGC